AUGGAUUUUACAUUAGGAAAUGAACGGAACGAUCAGAGUUAUGUGACUUUAGUUGAACCAGAUCUUGUGAAGCAAGAUAAUAAUGAGCUAAUUCCGGAGGAAUCGCUAGAUAAAAAUCAAAUUGUAGAACAGGAACUAAUACAAAAGCUGUGUGGUACCUUUGGCAUCUAUUCAUCUAUAUCUACUGAAGACAAUAUCAGUUCUACCGAUACUAAUUCCUCUUGCAAUGGAUCAGAAAAUAUGAUUUCAGGUUCUGCUCAACACUU